AUGCGUUCCGGAAGAGGAUGGCGACCGCUAGAGGCCAAGAAGGCUCCAUGGGAGCAUCGACGACCUCCAAAGCAGGUAGCAGUAGAAACCGGGCCGUCUGUUGACGAGGCAAAGGAGCAGCAAGACAUUCUGGAGGCGUUCCGCCUUGGUCGCAAGGAGAUGAAGUUCGAGGUUGACCAAGCAGCGGUGCCGGUCGAGCUUCCAGACAUUCUGCAGACGCUCUCCUUCGAUCCGCCAGCGUCGUCUCCGACUUUGGCAGAGCUGCGGAACAAGCUGAGGUUAUGCCCAGACGACUGCGCCCCUCCGAUUGCAAAGGUCAAUGGAAAAGUCGUAAUGGUCGGCAUCAGGUCAUAUUCCCAGGAGCAGAACAAAAUUAAAGUUCUACCAGUCUUGGACCCGACACAGGAGAGCAACGAAUUGGUUGCAAACUGCGAGUUUCUUCGAGAGGGCCCCUGUUGA